AUGUCGAGCGUCCCAGACGCUGAGGUCAUUAUGGCGUCAGACCAGCCCGCGUCUGGUAUCUCGCCGAAACUGGGCCUUCCUGCUUGGAUUCCGUACAAACUUGAGGGUCCUACUCGCUUUUCUCGUCUUCUCUUCAUUGGAUCGGUAUCUUCUGUGCUCGCAACCGAGGCCCUUGUGCUCGCUGUCCAUGAAGCGCUGUCCGGAAAGAACGUUGAGCACUAUGAAAACGCAGUUCGUGCUCUGGCUGAGGUCUCCCCAGAGGAAGAAGGAGCCUCUCUCGAUCCAACUUGGAUCCAGAAAACUCAGAUCUCAGUCAACGCACAGACUGAGCGCCUCGAGCUCGAAUUGAAGGGCUAUAAAAAUAACCUCAUCAAAGAGAGUAUUCGGAUGGGCCACGAGGAUCUCGGCAAUCACUAUUUCCAGACAGGUAACCUGUCUGCUGCCCUUAUCAGGUACUCUCGAAUGCGAGAACACUGCACCACUAUCCGCCAACUUGAUUCUAUGUAUUUUAAGCUCAUCAUCACCAAUAUUGAAGCUGCGGACUGGUCCGGUACUCUCUUGGACAUCGGACGUCUGAAAAGCUCACACACAAAACCGGAAGAAUUGGAGAUCAACUCCAGCAAGCUGUCGAUUGCGCAAGGUUUGGCUCGUAUGAAUUCUGGAGACUAUCAUAAAGCUGCUGAAUCCUUCCUGGACGUCACUGUUCCCGUCGACGACUUCAACAUGGUGGCCUCCGCCAACGAUAUCGCCAUAUAUGGUAGUCUCUGCGCCCUAGCAACAAUGAGUCGUGACGAAAUCAAAACCAAAGUGCUUGAUUCUUCUCAGUUUCAGUCCUUCCUCGAUCUCGAGCCCCAGAUGCGUCGGGCUCUCAACGCCUUCUACAACUCGAAGUUCUAUAUCUGCUUCCGCAUUUUGACCGACCUUCGCACUGAUUUUCUCCUCGAUAUCCACCUCUCUUCACAUCUCAAAGCGCUUUUCGACUUGAUCCGAUUGAAAUCAAUUAAGCAAUACCUGAUUCCUUUCAGCUGUGUCACAUUCAAGAACUUGGCAACGGUGUUUUCGUCUCCCGGGGCCAACAACAAAACGUCCUCCGCCCUGCCAUCCCUCUUCAUCGAGUGUCCCUAUGACAAUGAUGAGAAGUUCCGUAUCUCUUCAACCUUGAUCAAAGAACUCAUUGGACUUAUUGAGAGGAAAGAUAUCAAUUAUCUCAUCAAUAUGGAAACCCAGACGCUGGAUCAUACCCUGAAAGAUCAGCGAUCCGAGUUAAUAAAGGAGUUUAGUGCCGCGUCGGAAAAGCUGCGACAGGAGCUGUACUGGCGUGCAACGGCUGCUCAGGCUUCUAAAAUACAAGCUGGGGGUUACCAGACCUCGUCAGAGGAGCAUGACGAGCCGAUGGAGCGAUUCAAUCCAAGUGCAGAGCUGGGCAUUUAA